UUCAUAUUUUCGCACCGUGCAUACAUUCUCUUCGAUUUCGUUUUUUUGAUUCCUCACUUCCAUAUUUUCGUCUCUAUCGCUCUUUAAUAUUACGAAAGGAUUUGCCAUGGAUCUUGGCUGUUUGGACCUUGGUUGUCUCUCUCCGUCAGAGAAUCAGCGCUCUGAUCCCGAGGCUGCUAGCAAUUCUCGAAUUAAAGAAGAUUCCGGCGACUCCAUCUCUGCAAAUUCCAAGAUUGGGAAGAAUAAACUGAGCAGAGAGGCUAGCCAAUCAAUAUCAAGUGCUCUUAACAAGUUCUCAUCACAAAUUAAAAAGCCUCCUCAUCGUAAAACCUCUCCAGUCAAUUGGUUCCCCCGCAAAAAAGUGGACUCCUACUUGAAGAGAAAAAUUGAAAUGUUGCAGGAAGUAGCUGGUAUGAAUUUGACACUUGAUCAGACUCUAGGAAGUUCUAAUCCACAUUAUUCAAAAGUACUCAAAGAGAAAAUGGCAGCAAAAGAAGCGGUGCAUAAGGCAAUGGAGGCUCGAAGAGCUGCAUUGGUAGAGGCCUCUUGGUGUCGGAUUCUUAGAGCUGCUAGGAUUCCUAGUGAAGACGCAGAAGCUAAACUUUCAAAGGCAGAAGAAAAUGCAUUGGAAGCUUUUGAAGCAGCCCAGGCCCUGGGAGUAAUCAUGUAUGACAUGAUAAACUGCCCCAGGAAGCGUUGUCAGAUAGAAACAUCUACUGUUACAAGCGAAGGAUCAUCCACCCAUACUGUUACUGCCUCUUUUGAAACUGAAUUUGAGGUAGACAAAGAAGUAGCAGCUGCAGUCAAAACUGCUUUCAUAAGGCUAGCAAACUGCCCUUCAUUUAAGAAAGACGAAUUCGGAGAACUUCUGAGAAAAAUUAGUCAAAAUCCAGAUACAGAUGAUAGUUCGCAAGACUUGCAUGAUUUCUCGUCAGAGUUUGAGUCUGAGUCUGGCUCAGAACAUGAUUUAGCCUCUCAAAAUAGCGACUUCAGUUGUCAAGAGUUAGACUCAAACAUGCCAAUUCUUGGGAUAAGUCAGAGGAAAAGCAGGAGGAGACAGUCUCUCGAAAAAAUUAACAGAAUAAAGCUUGUGGACAUGCUGAUUGAGAGGCUAAAAUGUUUGCAAGAAGAUGAACUUUCUUCUCUGGCCACUAUAGUUGCAACUUGCGGUUUAAAUUCUGUCUUGGCUGAAGCACAGAAUAUUAAACUGGGCUCUGCUACAGAUCAUAGCUCCUCUUCAAGAAUAAAUUUUCCAGCAAGAAGGAUGUCUACAUUGGGAUCGAGAAAGCCAUAUUUUGUCAUGGACGGGCAAAUGAGAAAUAAACAAGCUGAGUCAAAAUUGCCAAGUCUAGAUAAGUUUUUAGUGAAGCGCAUGACUAAACUUGAACGAGAGGUUCAAGAAGCCAAGAAUAGCAGAAGCAAUGAGACAGAGACAGAGACAGAGACAGACAGGGAUGGCCCUCGUAAAUCUGUUGAUGGAACUCCAUCUGAGACCAUACCAGACUUGGGAAGCAUUCUUGUCAAGAAUUAUUCAAAAUUUGAAAAAGACAUGAACGAGGCAAAAAAUAAGUCUGGAAAGGAAAUCUCGAGAGUCCCACUCGGGUUGCCAAUGCCAAACCGUCGGAAAGAUCAUGCUGAAGUACCGAGCUUAGACAAGUUCUUGGUCAAACAUGUCUCCAGACUUGAAAGGGAAGUCCAAGAAGCAAAAUGCAUGAAGGUAACUGAAACUAAAAGUUUGAAGAAGAAAGCUGAUAUGACUACCAUAGGUGGAAUAAAUUCUCAUUCUUGUUCUGAUGGAUCAUUGGAGGAGAAAGAAAAUCUGGAUUUAAAUAACCGUUCGAGUACUGAGACAGAGCAAAAUGGAUGUAAACUCAAUGCAGAUACAUCUUCAUUUGUUGGAGUGAAUGAUGGGAUUGAAGAUAACAAAGAUAGCCUGGACAAGAUUCUGGUAAAGCCAGGGCACAGAUUGGAAAGAGAGAAGAUUCAGGCCAUGUCGCAGGGAAGCCAUGAUGAAAAUUACAGACAACGAAAGAAUCAGGGAGUAACCAAUGCUACAGAUUGUGAGAGCUUGGAUAAGAUCCUAGUAAAGCAUGUCUCCAGACUUGAGAAGGAGAAAAUGAGGCUCAAGUCAGAGGAAGACAGGUUCGAAGUUAAGCGAAAUCAGCGAAACACACAUUUAGAGACAAAUGAAGAGGGUGGUCUCGACCAGAUCUUGAUUAAACAUAAAUCCAGACUCGAGAGGGAAAAGAUGAAGGUCAAGCCAGAAGAAGAAAGGUUGGUAACGAGAAGUCAAAGAAGCAACCGUUUGCUGCAGACAAAUGAAGAAGGAAGUCUGGAUCAAAUUUUGGUUAAACAUAAACCUAGACUUGAGAGAGAGAAGAUGGUUGCUUCGCCGCAACAAGAGAACACAAUUAGUCACUCUAUGAUUCGUCGAGAAGAAAGGGAAAGAGAAUUGCAAGAAGCAUGGGGAGGAUUAAGCUUAGGAAACUCCAUGAAGCCUAGUCUCUCCAAACUUGAGCGAGAAAAGGCUGCCUGGAUUAAAGCUGAAGAGGAGGCAAUGAGGAAAGAGAUGAAGGCAAUAUGAAUAAAAGCCCCCCCCCCCCCAAAAAAAAAAAAAAACAAUAGCAAGGACCAUCAACUGUAUGUUUCUUCUUCGGUGAAAUUCUCUCUCUCUCUGUUUUAUUCUUUUUUUUUUUUUUUUGAAAGAAGUCAGCUCUUCGUUGAAGUUGUUAGUUCUGGCCUAUUGCUAACUACGUUGACUCAGCAAUGGUUCGUAGUUUAAUUGCUUUCCAUGCCAUUCAUAUAUGAAAAAACCCUUGUCAAUAGCGGGUGUAACAGGUCCUUCCAAUGCAAGGAUCCAUCAGAGGGAGAAUAUAGGUUUACUUGAAAUCAUAAUUCAAAAUUUUGAGGCAAAGAGUUGACAGGGAUACCGGAAGCUUUACAAUAGGAAGAGAUAAUAAUGACGUGUAUAAAUGGGUUUGAUAUCACAUUUUCACUCAAAAU